AUGGCCGCCGACAUCGCUGCCAGCUCAGUAGAGCUCGGGGAUCCUUCUCUUCUUUCCCUGGAGGCUCUGGCGACUUUCGAGGAUCAUAAGAUGCCGAGGAUCAAGAACGACUUGAUCAAGCACGAGCAUCGUGCCAAGUUCGCAGAGCACCAUCGGGCAUGGCUACGUUUCGAUGCCUAUUCUCGGGUCGCCAUGGCUCUGGGCAUCAACCAGAUGUUACAGUCCAUGUCCUACUUCAUCGCCGGGCCCGUGCAAAAGCAUAGGCCCAGCUUUGCUUUGAUCACCGUGAUGGGAGUUCAGGCCAUUGCCUUCUUUCUUCUGAAGUUGGACUGGCGGACGAUGGACACGGAAAACUCAGAUGAUGAGUCUGAGAAGCCGAACAAGCGGAAAGAUGUGAGCAGCUUGGAAGGGUCGGAGUUUGUUUUCAUCUGCAUCACCUACCUGCUGCCGCCUGUGCUGUUGGUGGUCAUCCUUUGGAUCGCCCAUUACUUCUUUUCCGACCCGACGACCGGGGACUUGGACCAUCAAGGCCGCAUCGUCUCGCGAGUCCUUUCCACGCCUAUCUUCUUCUUGCAUGCGAUCUGGUUGUACCUGGUUCGGCAGAGUAUCGCGCCACAUCACAAUGACCUCCUUCCCGUUCGGUUACGCACGGUUGGCUACCUCGAUGUCUUCACACGCGAUGCCCUCGUUGAGGAGCUGAUGCAGGAGGACGAUGAGGAAAUGGAGUUGCAGGAGAAGAGCACCACGCGCCGACGACGGGGCCGAAAGAGCA